UCUCUCUUUCUCUCUUCUACCGCAGGCUGCAGCUGUAACCUACUAGUUAAUUACUACUUGUUUUACUAAAGACCGCAUCGCAACUUAAAUUCCCCAGCCUAAUCUCAAAAUUAACUAAUCACCACUCAGAUGGCUCUCAAAUCUCCAAAACCCAACCUCCUCUUUCCUUCCAAAAUCUUCAAACUCUAUUAUCUUUUACUUAUCCUCUUUCUCUGCACUCUCUCUUACUUGUUUGGCGCAUGGCAACACAGCGCCGGCGGACUGACGUCGCCCACCACAAGGGACUGUCUGCCUACCGUAAACUUUACGGCCCGCCUAGAUUUCUCCUCCCAUCACGUGGCGGACUUACAGGAAGCCACGUCCUCCCAGGAGGAGGCCAAAGUCUACCCACCUUGCAGCAUGGAGUAUGGUGAGUACACCCCCUGCGAGGAUUACAAAAGGUCGCUACAAUUCGAUAGGACGAGGCUGAUAUACAGGGAGCGCCAUUGUCCCGAUAAGAAGCAACUUCUCAAGUGCCGAGUGCCCGCCCCCUUCGGCUACAAGAAUCCUUUUCAUUGGCCCAGAAGCAGGGAUCUUGUAUGGUACGCCAAUGUUCCCCACAAGGAGCUUACAAUCGAGAAGGCCGUCCAGAAUUGGAUCCGCUUCGAAGGCGAUCGAUUUAGAUUCCCUGGAGGAGGCACAAUGUUUCCGAAUGGCGCCGAUGCCUACAUUGAUGACAUUGCCAAAUUAAUCAGUCUCAAAGAUGGCUCUAUACGUACCGCCCUCGACACUGGUUGUGGCGUAAGUUUCUUUNNAGCUUACCUUUUGUCCCGUGACAUCCUCACUAUGUCAUUUGCGCCAAGAGACACCCACGAAGCCCAAGUGCAAUUCGCUCUUGAGCGAGGAGUUCCCGCUUUGAUUGGAGUUCUUGCGUCAAAGAGGCUUCCCUACCCAUCAAGAGCUUUUGACAUGGCUCAUUGCUCUCGUUGUCUCAUUCCCUGGAACUCAUUUGAUGGAAUUUAUUUGAUGGAAGUCGAUCGGGUUUUGAGGCCUGGUGGGUACUGGAUCCUGUCUGGGCCACCCAUCAACUGGAGAAGACACUGGAAAGGUUGGGAGAGGAGUAAGGAGGACUUGAACACAGAGCAGACUUCUAUUGAAGCUGUGGCUAAAAGCCUCUGCUGGAACAAGUUGGUGGAAAAAGAUGGCAUUGCUAUUUGGCAAAAACCCAUCAAUCACCUGUCUUGUAAAACAACAAGAAACUCACCUUUUUGCCCUGCUCAAGACCUAGACAGAGCCUGGUACACGAGCAUGGAAACCUGUUUGACCCGUUUGCCUGAUGUUUUGAGUGAGAGAGAAAUCUCGGGUGGUGGAUUGGCAAAAUGGCCUGCGAGACUAAACGUGAUACCGCCAAGGAUAAGCAGAAGAACGGUUGAGGGUGUAACAGGUGAAACGUUCAGGGAAAAUUCAGAGGUAUGGAAGAGAAGGUUGUCGUAUUACAAAAGAGUGAACAAUCAGUUAGGGGAACAUGGAAGAUAUCGUAACCUGUUGGACAUGAACGCUUACCUUGGUGGCUUCGCUGCUGCUCUGGUUAAUGAGCCUGUUUGGGUGAUGAACGUGGUCCCUGUUGAAGCCAAGGUUAAUACACUGGGUGUCAUUUAUGAAAGAGGACUCAUUGGGACUUACCAGAGUUGGUGUGAAGCAAUGUCUACGUAUCCAAGGACAUAUGAUCUCAUUCAUGCUGAUUCAGUAUUUAGUCUUUACAGUGAUAGAUGUGAGAUGGAGGAUAUAUUGUUAGAGAUGGACAGAAUAUUGAGACCAGAAGGAAGCGUAAUAAUCCGAGAUGAUGUAGAUAUGGUGGUAAAGAUGAAGAGGGUGAUGGAUGGAAUGCAGUGGGAUAGUCAAAUUGUAGAUCACGAAGACGGCCCUCUUCACAGGGAGAAGCUCUUAUUUGCAGUGAAAAUGUACUGGACGGCUCCGCCUUCCCAACAAAAUUCUUCUCAAACUUAGUUCUUAUUUUUAGUUUUCUUUUUUGUAAUUUAUUUAAC